GACCUGGAGGAGAGGGCGACGGGAGGGGAGUGGGCGGGCAGCCCCUCCCUGGGAUGACGUUCCUGCAGCCCUGGGGCUCCACGGCGGGUCUAUCCGCUCUCUGCCUCCUUGUCCCUCCCCGCCGGGGCCGAAAGGACGGCGGCGCCUCCCGGAGUUUCCUGUCCCUCAGAUUCUCUGGAUCCAGUCUGCUGCCGGCCGGGCUGCAGCCGGGGGAGUUGGAGGCAGGCCCCCUCGCCACUUAGAGCGAUGCCGGGCGGCAGAAGGGAGCCGGGUCGGAGUCCUGGGUAGCAGGAGAAGCAGGGAAGAGGGGAGGGAAGGGAAGGUCUGAAGAAGAGGCUCAGGGCGGCAGGAGAACCGAUGGAGCCGGGGCCAGUGGACGCCUGGGACCCGUACCGCCGCCCGGCGCGCCGUACGCAGUGGCUGGUAAGCGCCCUGGCCCAUCACUACCGUCUAGACCGAGGUGUGGAAAACGAAAUCGUGGUGCUGGCCACUGGGCUGGACCAGUACCUGCAGGAGGUCUUCCACCACCUGGACUGCAAAGGGGACGGCCGCCUGCCCGGGGAGGACUUUCGCGUACUGUGCAGGGUGCUGGGGCUCCAGCCCGGGGCCGGCCUGGGCACUGAGGGGGGAUGCAGCGAGGAAGAGGAGGACGAGGAGGAGCGCGCCGCGCUCUGGGACGACCUGGUCCCGGAACUCACCUUCCGCCAAUUCCACGCCCGCCUCUGUGGCUACUUCAGCACCCGAGCCGGGGCACGGGAGGGGCCCGAGGGGAGCCGACUGCCGGUGGGGCCCGAGAGUGAGCACAUCGAGACCCAGAUCCGGCUGCGCAGCCCCCUGCGCCGGCGCCGGGAGCGGCCCGGGGCGUCUGCCGUCCCGGCGGCGUCCGGGCGCACCAGGAGCUCCCCUCCCGCCACAGGAGUCGCGGGCACGGGCUCCACGGGCUGCUCGCGGGAGUGCUACGAGGAGGUGGUGGCCCUGGAGCAGGCGGAGGACCGGGUGGCCAAGCUGGAGGAGGAGAACGCCAGCCUUCGGGAGCUGGUGGAGGACAUGAGAGCUGCCCUCCAGAGCAGCGACGCGCGCUGCCUGGCACUGCAGGUGGGACUCUGGAAGAGCCGUGCCAGUCACAAGCAAGAUGGCGGCUGCCUUCCUGGGCCCAGGACACUGUCCAGCCACGGGGGUCCCCAGCCCACCAAAGGCCUGCAGAACAUGCUAAAGGAAGUGGAGCUGAUCCGGAGCUCCAGAGACGGUCAGAUCGAAGAGGCGAUUCAGGUCAAUCAGGAAUUGGCCAAGGAGCUGAGGCAGUGCCAGGAGGCCCUGGCAGCCUCUGAGGACUGCAACCGUCACCUCAAGAAGGAGCAGGCAGAAAUGAGGAAGAAAGUGGAAGAGGCCAGGCAGGCGGUGCUGAGCGGCCUGGGGAAAGUGAGGGAGCUGGAAGCCCAAGCCACCCAAGUGCUGCAUCUACAGAUGUGCGUCCAGCAGUUGGAAAUGGAGCUACAGUAUUACAGGUCAGAGAUCAGGAAACUACCAACCCCAAUGAAUGAUCAGAAAAUGCCACAAGAAGAUGCUGAAUCUGAAACUGAAAGGGCUUCUUCUCCUGGGCAGCCAGAUGGAAUCUCUCCCCCCGAAGGGGCAGGAGCUGCAGAAAACAGUAUAAGCUGCAGCUAUGCUGAUGAAGGAGAUGAGCAGCUGUUCCGCUCUGUGGAGGGUCAGGCAGCCUCUGAUGAAGAGGAAGAAAAGUGGCCUCGGGAGCAGCAGAGCCAGGUAGCUGAAGUGAAGAAGCUACUGGCCCGCAUUUCGAGUUGUGGGAGCGGGUGUGAUGACAAAACGGCCAAGAAGCUCAUGUCCUACUUCGGCCACUUUGGGAGUGAUGAACACACCAGCGCCCUGGGGGAGCUGGGGGAGCAGAUCGUCACUCUGACGGAGCAGCUAGGGAACAUGGGGCAAGACGUGAAGGUGCUUGACACUGGUGACCAGGAGGUGAAGGAGCCACUUCUCAGUGAAAUUCAGCAGAAGGCAGAAGAGAGUGAGCUGCUGAAGAUGGAGUUACAAAUGCUCGAGACGGAGCGAGUCCGGCUGUCCCUGGUGGAAGAAAAGCUGAUGGACGUCCUCCAGCUUCUCCAGAGGCUUCGGGAUUUGAACAUAUCAAAAAGAGUCUUGGGGAAAAUGUUGCUGAACACCUUGGAAUCCUGUCAGGACCCCCAACAUGAGAAGGCCCACACCUUCGAAGUCCUAGAUGCCUUGUACCAGACACUGGCUAGCUGUGAACUCCUACAGAAGCAGCCUUUGGAGCAGGCCCAGGCACCCCAGGCCCUUGCUAACCAGCUCAUCAUCUCCUGUUGAGCAUCAGUGUCCUUUGCAGCUCUGCAGAGACCUGCCCCGAACCAGGCUUUGGAUCUGUAGCCAUCAGACUGUUCAAAUACAAGUGGACAUCCCUGCUGGACCCACACUGUACAGGACCUCUGCCAAGGGACCCCUUCCUCUUGGACACUUGAUUGCCCUCUGGGCCCUCCCUAGGAUAAAGUGUUCAGUGGCCACUGGGUCUCCCAUUGCUGAUAAGACACCAUUCCCACCUCCCAGGUUAUACUGUGGAGGACAAGGCUGGGCCCAGACCUGGUCUGAGAAGCUGAUGGAGCCGCACGAGCCACUGAGCCAACACCUGCAUCUGUGAUCGAGGCUGCCCUAGUCAGGGCCCUCCUGCCUGGGAGACUUCUUCUCUCUCUUUGAUGGCAUGGUGCACUUCACCUGCACAUUGAUCAUUUUCCUGGCCGGUCUUAUCUAGCCUCCCAAUUUAUGCUGAUAAAUCUCAGAUUAAAGCAGCCAGAGCUUUGCUGACAGCCUGGACCUCCUGCAACCCCUUGCAGCUUAUGGAGUGUGUGGCCUCCCUCCCACCAUAAGAGUCCCUCCCUUCCCAGUCUGGGAUCCCCUCCCUUAAAACCAUUGAAGCCGGACAGCAACCUAGAUGCAUAGCCAGCACUGUCCUAGGCACUGAUGGGGGAGGGGAGAACAAAAAAUAAAAAGAUACCCCUGCCCAUGAGAAAUUUACAAGCUGCUUGGAGCCCUGGCUUCCCAUGUGGAGAACAGUUAAGGGAUCAACUGUGUUCCCAACAUCCAGGUGUUAUUUUGGGCUGGAAUAGUCAUAGAAGGCUCCAUGGAGGAGGUAGAAGGUGACUUGACUUCAAAGGGUAGAUAGGAUUUAGCUAAACAAAAACUGUAGGAUGGAUGGGCUUAGGAAUGGCAUUCAGGUUGAGAAAAUUAGCAUGGGAAAGGCAGCAGAGACAGAACAGAGUAUAGUGGGACUAUGAGGAGACCUGCCUGACAGGUACCAAAGAAUGGGAAUACUCAUAUAGGGGAGGCCUUGAAUGCCAAACAAAAGAGUUUGGCCAUUCUGAAUGGGAAGUAGGGAGUUAUUGCAGAUUCUAGAGCAGGGUGAUGUCCUGCUGAAAACAGAAUUUCAUGACAAUUCGUAUGUUGGUGCCAUGACAGACUCCAGGCACGCCAGCAACCUAAGAGGAAUGCUCUCUCAUCCAGAAGUAACUCCCUUGUAUUCACUUUAGGAAAGAAGCUCCCCAUGCCACCUAAGGGUGGGGUGAGAAGGUGUCAAAAGUCAGAGCAGCCGGUAUGUGGUGUGGGGGAAAGCUGAGAGCAGCCAGGGCUGCUCUUGUCCAAGCCCUGCCUGGACAACUCCAAGUAUCCAGAAGAAGAUGAUACAGAGGACUGAAAGUCAGGAGACCUGAGUUCGAAUCCUGUGUGACCUACUAAUAUACUGUGUGGUGAAAACUUAUUGAGCUGCUUUCAUGUUCUUGCCCUGUGCUAGCUCACCCCAUGGAGAAGGCAGAGAAAUUGAGUCAAGAGUACUGUAACCUCCAGGACCUUCUAGCCUAGUUGGGGGGGAGGGGAAGAUGCCCACACAUAAGUGUCAAAAUAGAGCAGUUUAGGCUAAUGAAGGGGUGAAGACAAGAAGGGCAGGAGGAGAAAAUAGCCCAAAGUGGGUUGAGGAGAUCAGGGAAGGCUUCCUGGAGGAAGCAAGACAACAUGAGCUUAGCUCUUCAAAACAGGCAAUAUUCAGAUAAGUUGAGAAGGAGAAGGCUGCAGAAGUAUGAGCUGGGGAAGAGACAACGAGGAACCUAGCCUGACUGGAGCAGGGGGUACAUGUGGGUCACAGGGAGGAGACAUCAGGAUUCAAUUAUGGCUAAAAUGAAAUGAUAGGGAGGAGAGUGCUUUAAAAAAAGCAGGUGUGUGGGGCAGCUAGGUGGCACAAUGGAUAAAGCACCAGCCCUGGAUUCAGGAGGACCUGAGUUCAAAUCCAGCCUCAGACACUUGACACUAGCUGUGUGACCCUGGGCAAGUCAUUUAACCUUCAUUGCCCUGCAAAAAUAAAUAAAUAAAUAAGUUUUUUUUUUUUUAAAGAGAGAGAGUAUCCAGAGAAUUCUGAUCUAGCUUUUGGAGAAUCAGAAUACUAAACUGGUCCAGGAAUCCGUAUGAAGUGGGGAUGGGGGUGAUCAUGGGAGUUGUCUGGUCAAUUCAAUUGAGCAGACAAGGUGGUGAACUCCCUGAAGAGGUGAUAGACAUGGCCCUUGGCACUUCCUGGUUAGGGGGUUUCCCUUGUAGAAGAUGCAAAUCUCAAAGAAGAAGAAGAAGA